AUGACUUCUGUUCUGCCCGCGCAUCCCACGAACUUCAAAGUCUCGAUUUCCCUGUCUCCCACCAGCCCUGCGACAAUGGCUCCAAAACGUGAACCACGAGAGAGUCCGCAGCACUUCAUUAAGCAGGAGCAUGACGCAGGGAGAGGCCGGCUGCGGGAAGUCUCCGAAGACAAGGAUAUCGACAUCAUGGACGACGAUGGAGACGACGGCAAGGCCGGUUCAUCCAACUCUGAAGGUGGCCCUGCAAGGAAAAGACGGAGAAGCCGCAAAGGACUGGACAAGAAAUUCGAAUGCCCCCAAGAUGGCUGUGGAAAGAGCUACUCUAGAGCCGAGCAUUUGUACCGGCACCAGUUGAAUCACACGCCCAAGCAGAUAUAUGAAUGCGACUUUCCUGACUGCAGUCGCACUUUUGUUCGACUGGACUUGUGUAACCGCCAUAGGGACCGCCACACAGCCAAGGGGUCUGCCUUGAGUCGCAAAGACUCAAUGAUAAGCCACCUCUCUCCUACCACCGAUCGGCCCCCCUUUCCGGUUCCGGGAUCGACCUCGCCCGAGAUCAGUAGGCCGGGCAUUGGUUUUGCCAACGUGCGGCAGCCCCAGAUACACUAUGAGACACCCAAAGACACCUCUGGUAGUCCGUUUGCGCAGGCAACAAACACGCCUCCUGGAUACCCUGUGGGCUCGCACCCCGUUGGCAUGGACGGCUACAUGCAUCACGACAACGGAUUUGCUGGCGUUCAGGCGCAUCGUCAGCCGCAACAGCCGCCGAGCGGGGCGAGACCGACAGUGCAAAGCAACGGAGCUUACAUGUCACCGGUCCCUACCCAACACGGCUACCACAGCCAACCGCACAACACCCCUCAGUCCGCGGCUUACACUACUCAGCAGAACUUCCCGCCCUUCAAUCUACCGCCCUCGGAGUUUUCCAACGGUGCUAGUAACGUCUCUCGCGAGGGUCAGACGUAUGCACCGACAACCUCCGCAGAAUACAAUGAGCAGAGUCAUCCCCAGCAAUCGGGCGAGAUGAUGUUGCUAGACCAGAUGUCUAUGCCUGGGACGAUUCCCGUCUUUGGGAGCGACAGCAUACUAAGCAAAUCGCCAUAUGUCACGAUUCCCGAAGACUUUGUCGCCUAUUUGUUUAACACGCAACAAGGUGAAGGCUCGCCGAUAGGCCACAUUGUGGCUCCCGGGUACGUGAAUAACUACGGAGAAGUCCAGAACUCGUACAGUGUUCCUUAUGUAGGCACAGAAGGUGUGCCCAUGGGCUACUUCCCCUCAGGCCCCCAUCAGGUCAUGGCCGUCAACAACCUGCUGGAUCAAAACCUCCCAGAGGCCACCAUAUCCGAGGAGAAAAGCCAGGAGAUCUACGAGUUCAUCAACCAGAGGUUCCACGAGAACGACCAGGCACCGGCAUUGCGGCAGCGCGACAGUAUCUUAGAGGGCGAUCGUAGCGACGGCGACCACAUGCUCAGCAAACGAAUGAUGCAGGCAUACAUCGGAUCCUACUGGGUUCACUUUAGCGACCAGAUACCCAUCCUUCACAAGCCAACCUUCUCCCCCGAUAGAACGCCGAACUUGCUGCUCCUGGCGAUGAUGACGAUAGGCGCAGCCUGCCUUGACAAGACGCACGGGCAAAAGGUCACAAAGGCCGGGGCGCAAUUGUCCAACUUCCUGGCCUGGCAUCUUCGAUGGGAGAUAUUCAUGGACCCGAACUUCCGGCCACCGGCCAAGCUGUGGUUGUUCCAGACACUUCUCCUUCUCGAGCUAUACGAGAAGAUGUACUCAACGAGGGAGCUGCACGAGAGAGCCCACAUCCACCAUGCCACAACCAUCACUCUCAUGCGCCGCGGAAGAUCACUGAUUGGCAAGUCAUCCCUCGACUCACCUCCCAACCCUCGAGACGACAAGACAAACGGCUCUCGCCACUCGUCGACCUCGGGCGUGGCUCACACUCCAGAUGAAUGGUGGAAUCACUGGAUCACCAACGAGUCGACUAGGCGGGCUGCGUUUGCGGCAUUUGUCAUUGAUUCCAUUCACGCUACCAUGUUUGGCCACUCUACGGUGAUGGUCACUCAUGAGAUGAGAUUGCCGCUGCCUUGUGAUGAGGCUUUAUGGAAGGCCACUAGUGGUGCUGAGGUCGGCAGGAUCGAGUCCAACCUCCUAUCCAACGGCGUCAAGCCGAUCUCUUUUCUCGAAGGGUUGAAACGGACACUCAGCGGGCAAGGAGUGCAAACCAACCCUUUCGGUCGCAUGGUGCUCAUGGCCGGACUCCUCAGUGUCAGCUGGCACAUGAACCAAAGGGAUCUCCAGGUUAACGUGCUCGGCGGUGGCGUGUCUCAGGCGCUGGGUGGCCGAGACAAGUGGCGCGGGACCCUGACCCGCGCUUUCGACGCUUGGAAGGACGAUUUCGAUCAAUCGUUGACAGGGGCAAAAGAUUCUUCUGACCCAUACCGGUACGACUCUGCGAAGAAGAACGAUGCCAAUAUGGUCUUUGAAAGUCGGAUGGUGCUGCAUCACCUCGCUCACAUGGCGAUGCAUGUUGACAUUGUCGACUGCCAGAUCUUUGCCAGGGCAAAGAGGCUUCUGGGAAGAGCCAUUGGGCAACAGGACCUUAACAGCGCGCAGAGAAGAAUGAGAGAUUUGUGGGCGCCAUCGGCUAAGGCCCGGGACGCCACGUUCUACGCACUUAAGUUUCUCAGCUCCGUUCUCAUGCCCGACGGUGGGCACUCACCGCAAUCCAACGGCUACAAGUACGACGAGCCGUACACGGCGCGGGACGACGUUCUUCUCAACAGACCUUGGGUGUUGUACUUUGCCGCUCUUGUUGUUUGGUGCUACGGAUUCGCUCUUGAAGGACCAUGCCCCGGAAAUCCCGUGCCGGUGACGAAACAGGAGCAGGUGCGACAAAUGCGAGAAUACUUGAUGAAGUACGGAGGCGCGACCUCGCCUGACGACCUGAAGAUGAUGAAGGGAGUUAACACAAACACCGCAUUGCUACUAGUUUUGAAAGACUCUUUCGGAACGACACGUUGGGAGCUGUUACACGAGGGUGCUAAUCUUCUCAACAACUGUCUUCAGCUGAACACUGGAACUUCCACGAUGUAA